AUUGUAGAGAAUCAAUCCCGUAGACCGUCUCUUCACAUAAAAGAGAGAAUCCGGAACAGGGUUUCUUUCCCUCUCGUAUUCCGUCAAUCCAACCUUCUUCCUCUUCUUCUUCUACAUGGCUUGCUUCUACUUCUCAUACAGAGCACAAUUCACCAUUUCGUAGCUUCCACCUUCUCCGUUCAAUCGGAAAGCUAGGACCUUUCGCCGCCCAGGCCAGGCCAGACCAGACCAGAAGGGUUGUUUCUCUUAGGAGCUCAACCUCAGACCUCGUCUCUUUCCAGGGUUGUGACUGAAAUGGGGGAUCAAACGUCUAAUACGAUGAACUUUGACUUGAAUUUGGAUCCUUAUCCUACUUCUUCAUCUGAUGAUGAAGUGUUGACUGCUGUAUCUGAGGAAGAUGUGGCUUCUAUGAAUAGACUUCAUAUAAUGAGGGCAAGACAAAGUUUGAGGUUAGCAUUGCGACAGCUUCCCUUGCCGAGGCAUGGCGCCUCGGAACCGGCUGAGAAUCCCACCAAUUUCAAUGAUAAUAGAGAGUUGGGAAGAAGUUCUGAAGAAGAAGAAAUGGCGGUCAAUAAUGAUGCAAAAAAGGAGGUAAAAGAAGAAGAAGAAGAUGGUUCGAUGUUGGGGAAGGAGGCUAAUGAUGAAGAUGAGAUAGACUUUUACAACUGUAACAUAUGCUUGGAUGUGGCCACAAACCCUGUUGUGACUUGUUGUGGGCACUUAUUCUGUUGGUCAUGCAUUUACUGUUGGCUAAAUGUUCACUCGAAAGCUAAGGAUUGCCCGGUUUGCAAAGGAGAGGUGAAUUCCAAGACUGUUAUGCCAAUUUACGGGAGAGGAAAAGUCAGUAAUGCCCGUGAAACUAAAGAGAAAUACAAUGUUAGUAUACCCCCGAGGCCCCGAGCUAAUCGCGUUGAAGGCUUGAGGCAGACCAUAGAGAGGAGUGCGAAUAUAACUGUGGACGAAUUACUUCGACAUGUUAGAAAUAUAGCCCCUACUACUGGGGAAUCUGAACCAGAACCAACAACAACAACAACUGGAGGCACCAUAUCUGAAAUGUAUAACUUUCUCGUCAGGAGGGUUCUGACAUCAAGGGCAAUCCGAAGAGAACAAAACAAUGUGGUCCCGUCGAAUGUGGAGACGGCUGACGGAAGGGAUGAUGACAGCAGCUCCUGGCUUUGGCCGGUUUUACUCCAAAGUCAACCUAGAAAUAGAACUACUAGUACUACUACUAAUAACAAUGCUGUUGAAAUAGUUUCAACUGAUGGUGCAAUUGAAACAUAUUUGCUUGACCAUCCGACAGACAGGAAUCAGAAUCAAGAUGGGCCUCCUUCUUCAGGCCAUAGAGAUUCGUUCUCGAGCGUUGCUGCUGUAGUGAAUUCGGGGAGUGGAACUCCAGACAAUGCCAUGGAAAUAGACUCGAUGAUGUCUUUUUCUACUUCAUCAUCUGCAAGAAGGCGAGGUGACGUAGAUGGUGGAGAUUCGAGACCAUCAAGGAGAAGAUUGAACUGAAUCUCAGGUGUGGGCUUUCUCAUCUAAUUUUGUUUGAAAGGUAACUCUCAUACAGUUAUAGUUGCAGUUUCCUUUUUUUAAGAUUGAACAGUUUGAAGACAGUUUUUUUUUUUUUUUUGGUGCAAUGUUAGGAACAAUAAUCUGAUGGGGGGUGGGGGUGUUCUUAUAUUACUGUUGUUAUAAAAUCUUAUGGAACCUUUUGAAUUUCUGGUU